ACUUUAUCAAUUCCCACUGCAGAAAUUAUUGAAAAUCAGGCCCCAUUUGAGCAUUAAACUACUGAAGUUCAAUCAUUCAUACAAUCAUUUACCCAGCUUUCCAUUUCUUAAUUCUUAAGCAAAAAUCAUCACAUAAACCCACCUUACCCCUCUUCUCCCCUGCAUCAACACACAUACAGGAGGAUAAGCGAAGCGGCCAUGUAUGUUACGAGGCCUCUAUCCCUGUACAGAAAUUUCCCGAGUAAUCUUUCAGUAGAACCACAAGAGGGCCCACUUUCAGGUUUUCUAGUAAUUACAGAUGAAGAAGCAGAAGCAGAAGAUUCAUUUUGCUGUGGCACAUGUAAAUUGCGAAGAGUUAAAAGAUUACCAUUUCCUCAAGACAAGUUAUUAACAGUUAUUCAUUCAUCAGAUUAUCAAGAGAUUGGUAACACUAAAGUUUUGUUUAUCCCAGUUCUCGGUCAACCUCUCUCGUCUAAUCGCUACUAUGUUAUCAGAGCUAAAGGCAAAUACAAAGGGCAAGCUUGCAAAAGUUCAAGGGAGACGGACAUGGGGAUUUGUUGCUUCAACAAUAUCAUAAACGAUGAGAAACCAAAACCUUUUGAUCACAGAAACAUAUGCCAGCAAUUCAAGAUCCAUCGAUAUCACAGGCACACUUUCUUUGCAAAGUCUGCUGCUAUUGAUGGCCUUCCUCCAAAAUUUCUGCGAAAGAAAGGCUGGGAAGUUCGCAGCUCAAGAUUAGUUCGUUCUCGACUAAGGGAAGCUCUAGGCCUCGAUAAUUCUCUCAGAGCACUUCUUCCAAGUUUCGACUUUGCUAUAAGUAGCAAGCGCUCGAGUUCAAAUGUUGUAGGGUCAUGGUACUGUCCCUUCAUAUUUGUAAGAGAGAAAGCUAGACUUCGAUACCAAAUGAAGAAGUCAGUGUUUUAUAAGAUGACUCUUGAGCAACGGUGGGAAGAGAUUGUUUCAUGCCAGAACAAUGGAAGCAAUGUUGUGAAUGUGAAUACAAACGUGAAAAGGGAAGUGAGUUCAGUGUUUGGUACGGAAGCUAUAAGGGAUAAUAGAGCGAAUCAUGCCGGAUUUGUGUGGUUUAGAGCAUAUGACAGAAAUAGAGUCAGAAGGGCUAGUGUGGGAUUGAGUGUAGCCAUUGUUGAGAAAAUGAGAUGGGUGGAAGACGACGGAGGGUGGGUUGGUGGUGGGAGGGAAACGGAAGUGAGAGUGGAAAGAGUAGAAGAGAAUACAAGUGAAAGUGGAUGGCAGAGAUUUGGUUGCUAUGUGCUGGUGGAGAGUUUUGCUCUGAGAAGAAUGGAUGAAACUUUGGUAUUAAGGUGUGACUUUAGGCAUACCCACAAGGUUAAAUGCAAAUGGGAGUGAGAUUUUAUAAUCCUGGCACUACAACAAACUGUACUGGUUGAUUUUGGACUGUCUUUGUCAUUCAUCUUUGCCUUCUGCAGAUUGUCAAGUUCGAAUGUCGUUGAGCUGUUUACUGUAAUUUGGUUUCUGUAAGAACUUUCAGUUGUAUAGGACUGAAUUUCUACAUAAUUUUGUCAGCCAUUUGUAUAUGAUGAUACUAUUUAAGUUGCAAGAUCUAAUGCCAGGAUUGAAUCCAAAUGGUCAUCAGGCUUUACAUUAUUUAGGAGAUAAUUAUGUCAAAAAAAUCAUUAAUUUAGCAUAGGAAUAAUAAAUCAUUUAUAUUAAUUAUCCUUAAAUAUAGGUAAAUAUCACCACCUCAACCAAUCAGCGGCCCCU